AUGGCACCCAUCACGGAUCAACAUGUCGAGGACCUGAAAGACCUUGUUCAUAAGCUCGAAGCUCGGGUCUGGUCUCUGGAGCGAAGACUUGAGGGCGAAAAGAAGCCCUCGCUCAUAGAUUCUAUGCGCAUGAUCCUGAUCGGCCCUCCGGGUGCGGGCAAGGGAACUCAAGCUCCUCGAAUCAAAGAGAAAUACUGUGUGUGUCAUCUGGCCACCGGUGAUAUGCUCCGAGCACAAGUUGCCAAAAAGACUCCCUUGGGAAGAGAGGCCAAGAAGAUCAUGGAUCAAGGCGGCCUAGUCAGCGACGACAUUAUGAUCAACAUGAUCAAGAACGAGUUGGACACGAACAGAGAAUGCGCUAACGGCUUCAUCCUCGAUGGAUUCCCCAGAACGGUCGCCCAAGCCGAGGGCCUCGACUCCAUGCUUCAAGCUGAGAACAAACCUCUCAAGCACGCGAUCGAACUGCAAAUCGACGAUGGUCUGCUGGUUUCCCGCAUCACUGGUCGACUGAUCCACCCAGCCUCGGGUCGAACGUAUCACAAAGUAUUCAAUCCACCCAAGGAACCAAUGAAGGAUGAUGUCACUGGAGAGCCUCUUAUCCAAAGAACCGAUGAUAAUGCCGAGACUCUGAAGAAGAGAUUGGGAACAUAUCAUGCACAGACGACCCCCGUGGUAGCCUACUACAAGAACAAGGGCAUCUGGUCCGGAAUCGACGCCAGCCAGGACCCUGAGCAUGUCUGGAAGAGCAUUCUCUCCGUUUUCGGCGAGUCAAAGACUCCAUCCAACAGCAGUAUCUUGACCAAGAUUGGGUUGCGGUAG